AUGAUCGCUAAAUUUCCAAUAGUGCUAUUGUUGCUAGCCAGCUCCAGUGCUGUUUCGGAUUCAAAUAAACAGAAUUACACAGCGCAAAGAACUGCUGAGUUAUUCCAGUGUUUGGCAAGUCCAUCACAAGUACAGGUUCUAAUUCAGAAGAUGGGAAGCAAACUUGUUAUAAUAGUCAUACAUUUGAAUUACAUGCUUUCAAUGAAUGACCAGGACCGAAAAGUAUUAGUCUACUGCAAUGAACUUCCAGCUUCCAAAGUUCAAGACUUCAUUUUGACUCCAAAACAAAAACCAAUUUCCUUCUUGACAAUUUCGACAGUUUUUGGUAAAGGCUUCCAAAUGUAG